UAAACAACUGUCUUCACAAAUGCUAAGUUAUUAGUCAAGCUGUGACUAUUUUGGUAAAAAUAAAACUUGUUUUGUUUUUAUACGUGAAAUUUCGUAACAUUCUCGCUUCUUAAGUAAUCUACGGCUACGAAAAAGAAAAUAAUAUAAGUUGCGAAAUGGCGGGAGUUCCGACUGACUGGCAAUUAGGAUGUGUUGUGGUGAAGCAGCGAGGAGAGUAUCUCUUGAAGUCAGGGCAAUGGUCUGAUUGCACCUUCCUGGUGGGUGCUGAGCCCGACCAAGUGAUUAUUGCUGGCCACAAGCUUUUGCUGGCGAUGGCGUCGCCAGUUUUCGAAGCCAUGUUCUAUGGUGGUAUGGCAGAGAGGAAUGAUCCGAUACCCAUUUUAGAUGUCCAGCCUGAAGCUUUUAGGGCUCUGCUAGAGUACAUAUACACAGACAACAUAAACAUCAGCUCAUUUGACAAAGCCUGUGAGCUCUGCUAUGGAGCCAAGAAGUACAUGCUGCCUCACUUGGUGAAGGAAUGCACGAGGUACCUGUGGUCAGACUUGUAUCCUCGUAAUGCGUGCCGAGCUUAUGAGUUCGCCAGGCUGUUUGAAGAGAAUGUGCUCAUGGAGAAGUGUAUACAGAUUAUCAGCACAAACACAAAGGAAGUUUUAAACGACAGCAGUUUUGAGGAUGUAGAGCUGAACACCGUAAUCACAGUGUUCUCCCUCGACCAUCUGAAUGUGGACAGUGAAUUGGACCUGUUUGAAGCUGCCGUGAGGUACUCCAAGGCUCAGGAUAAGAGGAACUCUGAGAGGAGUGUGUCUCCACCUUCGGAGAAUGGACCCCCAAACGAAAAGAGGCCUAAAAGUCCUGGUACUUCCACUUCAAAAGAUAAAGUGGUGAACGUAGACAGUAGUGCAGAGAAUAGUCCAGAAGCAGUGACAGUCCAGGAGCCACAGAAGUCCAGUGAGAGUGCAGACCAACCCUUACCAGGACCCUCUGAUGAGAGCAAGAAGAAACCAGCACCAGAUCCAAAAUCCGACAAGCCAACGAUCCGCAGAGCUAUCGAAAAGAUCAGAUUCCUCACACUAACCCCCCAGCAGUUUGCAGUAGGCCCAGCUCGGUCCUCAUUGUUGACUGAGUCUGAAGCCUUUGCAGUACUCAUGAACAUAUUGUCCAGUACUUCUGAUGUACCCAUGCCCAGUGGCUUCUCAACCUGCAGGGUGCCUAGGAAACAGCUGAUUGGAGAUGGGCCUUCUUCUAAUAUAGCGACGCUGACCGUAGACACUCCUAGCCCAGUGAUGCUAGACCAGGUGUUCCACCAGGGAGCUCCCUCACACCACUCCUGCCUGCUACCGUACCCCAGGCCCACGAGACAUGAAGUUGUCCCAGAAAACCCGGAGAGGAGACAUCGAAUUCCCAUCGUGGACCCCAUAGCCGUACCCCGUCACCCUUCCAUAGUCCACAACGCCAGCCUCUCAGGCCUGGGGAUGGCAGACCAGCUCGACAGGAUGGAUAGACACGCUACGGACUACAACAAGAUAUACUGUCAAAGAUCUAUCAUACAGCACACGGAUUGCUUGAAUACUUCAGUGCUGGAUUGCUCUGUAACUUUCAUGGUGGAUAAGAAUAUAUGCCUUUUGGGUGUGCAGGUGCCGACACAAGCUCCGUCGGAGGAGGGCUCGGCGGCGGCGGGCGCGGGCUCGUACUGCGAGCUGCUGUACGCGCACCUGCUGGACGCCGACGGCGCCCGCCUCACCUACACGCACUACACCAGCCGCGUGCCCUUCCGCCACCUGCUCGACAUCAUGUUCAACCGCCCCGUCUACAUACAGAGGAAUAAGGUAUACAAAGUGGGCAUAGUAUUCAACAAGGUGGGCUGGUACCCGAUGGGCACCUGUGCUCAGCAAGUGGCCGCAGAAUCUGUCUUCUUCAACUUCGGUAUCGGCCAGAGUUCCGACUCAGUCCGCGACGGUCUCAUCCGGUCUAUCAUCUUUACCUACUAGCAGACGAGCUCGCCCGAUCUUUAUAUCGUUUUGUAGACGAAAAAGGUUGGCUUGCUAUAUAGAACUUUAGGUGGCAUGUAGAUUAUAGUUUAAUAAUAUAUAAAUUAAAUAAUUAAGAAAAGAAAGUGAAAUAUUGUCGUGUUCGCAGUGAAAAUCACGUGUUUGUCAUAGUGUAAAUAGAUGUGAAAUUUUUAAUUCGUAUUGUAACUUUUUUGCGUAAAAUUGUAAAUAAUAUAAAGAUUUAAAAAUGUGGACAGUAUUAUAGAGAUUAUAUCAAUUAAUUGGUCUUGUAAAAUAACUUCGGAUAUGUAGCACACAUGUGGUUUUUACUGCAGAAAAGCGAUCAGAUAAAAAAAUUAUACAUCCGAAUUAUUAUUUUGUCUUUGUGAACAUUUAUAUGGCUGGAUUCGUGAAGAUAAAGUACCAGUGGUUACUUGUAACCAUUUUUGUAAUUAAGUAUUGUGUUCGACUAAAUAACGUGUAUCACCAGAGUUUUAAAACAUUUAAUUUAAUGUGUUCAUAUUUAUAUUUCCUAAGCAUUUGAUGCGAGAAAUCUGCAUUGUUCGUUUGUUCGCGUGAUGUGUUUCUUUUUAUUUACUAAGUUGAUUAACACCUAAUAAAUAGACAAAGCUUUUUUAUUUCAGUUUAUCAGCAGUAAUUUCUUUCUAUUUUCGUUAUACAGUUUAGAUUCUACACACAUAAUAUGAUCAGAAAAUAAUGUAUAAAAUAUCAAAUAAUGCAUUUCGUAUAAAAACUUUGUAUUAUAGAUUAGUCUAGAUUUUCAUAAUUGACAAAAUAAUGGUACCAAAAAAUAUAAUGUUCAUAUAUAACAGUUAGGUAAUAUUGUAAAUAAAACGAAUAUAGUGCUCAUUUAUUAAAAUGUUUCAGCAUGCAUGAAUAUUUUAUGAAAAUAGUAAAAAUGUGUAUGUAUGAUGUAGCUUUGUAUCCUUGUUCAAGUUAUUUAUUAAAAUAUUUUUGAUACAUUA